UGGCUGAAGAUGCGGAGGACAAGCAAUUUACAAACACCGAUGUGAAAAAGUGGCUUGAUGAGCUGAAAGAUGCUGUCUAUGAUGCAGAGGACGUCUUGGACGAGAUUGCUACAAAAGCCCUGCAACGCAAGUUGGAUACUGAACUUGGAACCUUUGGAAGUAAGAAGAAAAAGUGAAGUUAGGCCUAAGAGAAGGCGUUGGAGUUGGAGGAAAUACAUCAGAAAGACUGCCCACAACUUCUUUGAUUGAAGAAUCUGAUAUUUGUGGUAGGAAGUAUGAUAAGGAGGCGAUAAUUAACUCGCUUCUCUCAAAUGAUGCGAGUGACAAUGAAGUAGGCGUGGUUGCCAUAGUCGGCAUGGGAGGAAUUGGCAAGACCACCCUUGCUCAAUUAGCAUAUAAUGAUAAUAAGGUGAUAGAGCACUUUAACCUAAAAGUAUGGGUUUGUGUUUCAGAUCCAUUUGAUGUGUUCGUGAUAAUAAAAACAAUUUUGGAGGAAAUUAUUCUGUCACAUGGUGAUGUUGAGGUUCGAAAUGAACUUCGAAAGGAACUCAAUGAUAUUAAGAAUCUGAAUCAACUUCAAAUUAAACUCAAGGAUGCUUUGAUAGGAAAGAAAUUCCUACUUGUUUUAGACGAUGUUUGGGAGAGUUAUCCUAAAUGGGAGGCCUUAAAUAAUUCUUUCAAAUCUGGAGCACCUGGAAGUAAGGUCAUCGUAACAACACGUGAUUAUGAGGCUGCAAGAGUCAUGCGCUCUAAAGCAAUUCAUCGUACAAUGGAGUUACCCAAAGAAGAUUGUUGGAAAUUAUUUGUAAAACACGCAUUCCACGAUAGUAACUCUAAUGCGCAUGCAUAUCUAGAACUAGAAGCAAUAGGGAGAAAAAUCGUAAAAAAGUGUCAUGGCCUACCUUUAGCAAUCAAGGCGAUUGGGGCUCUCUUGUGGUCUAAAUUAGAUGUUGAUGAAUGGAAUAAGGUAUUGAGAAGUGAAAUAUGGGAUUCGCCAAUUAAUGCGACAGACAUCCUCCCUGCACUAAGAUUAAGUUAUAAAUAUCUUUCGCCACCUCUAAGGCGAUGCUUUGCAUAUUGCUCCAUAUUCCCAAAGGAUUAUGUUUUCAAAAAAGAUAAAUUAGUCUUUUUAUGGAUGGCAGAAGGUUUCUUGCCACAACUCCAAAACAAAACAAUGAAAGAAGUUGGUGAUGAUUACUUCCUUGCUCUUGUAUCAAGAUCAUUAUUCCAACAAUCCAAGCACGAUGAAUAUGUAAUGCAUGAUCUUAUCAGUGAUUUGACAAAGUUUAUAUCUAAAGAAUUCACUUUAUGCAAAGAAGAUGAUAGUUCUUGUAAAUUUCUAAGCACGACUCGCCAUUUCUCAUAUUCUUACAAAACAUUUGGUACUAAGGAGUUUGAGACCUUCCACAAAGCUAAGGGAUUACGCACUAUCGUAGAAAUAAAUUCUUGGAGUUAUAGAACCAAUUUUUUCUCACCAAAUAUAAGAUGCCUACGGGUACUCAUUCUAUCUCACAAUAGCGGCUUAACAGAGUUGCCAAAUGCAAUUGGUAAAUUCAAACAGCUACGUUAUUUGAACCUUACUUACAAUCCAAUUGAAAGGUUGCCUAAUUCCAUAUGUAAGUUGUUCAAUUUGCAAAUAUUGGAUUUAUCACAUUGUAUGGCUCUUGCUGCCUUGCCAAGAGAUGUGCAUAAACUCAUUAAUUUGAGUCAUCUUGAUAUUACUGAAACUAUGAUAAUGGAGAUGCCGAUAUAUCUUGGUAAACUAAAAUGUCUUAAGACAUUACCUACAUUCAUUGUCAGCAAACAUAGUGGAUCUGGCAUUGAAGAGUUAGGAAAACUUACAAAUCUUAGGGGAUCGCUUAAUAUUUUAGACCUCCAAAAUGUUGAAUUUCCAGUCGAUGCUAAGGACGUAAUCUUGAGGGAUAAGUACCUUGAGAAGUUGGAAUUGAAGUGGAGAGUUGAUACUAGUGCUUCAGAAAAUCAUAAAAUUGUACUUCAUUGUCUCGAGCCCCAUUCAAUAUUGAGAAGCCUUAGCAUCUACGGCUAUGGUGGUACAAGUUUUCCAAGCUGGGUUGGGGAUGCUUCAUUCUCUAAUAUAACAUCCCUUCGUCUAGAAGACUGUAAAUUUUGCUGUAGCUUGCCACCACUUGGGCAACUACCCUCUCUGCAGCACCUCUCGAUUGUUGGGUUGGAUGGAAUUGUUACAGUAGGCUGUCAGUUUUACGGUAGUGGAUCUUCUUCAAUGAAGCCAUUUGGAGCCUUGGAAUUUCUACGGUUCGAGAAGAUGUUGGAGUGGAAGGAAUGGUUUCCUUUUGAGGCUGAAAAUGAAGGUGGAGCUUUUCCUAAUCUUAGAGAGCUUCAGAUUUCUGGAUGCCCUAAGCUAACAGGGGAAUUGCCUGUCCAUCUUCCUUAUUUAGUCCAACUUUCCAUUGAAGAUUGUCCCCAGCUCGUGGUUCCAUUCCCUGGGGCUUCUUCUCGACAUAAAGUGAUGCUUUCAGAUUGCAAUACGGUUAUAUUAAACGAAUCGUCGAUUGGAAUACAAGAGCUUGACAUUCGAAAAUGUUCGGAGUUAGAGCUCCCAAUGCACCUGAACUAUUCAUCCCUUGAAUGUUUGACAUUGGAGCACUGUCAUUCUCUCAAGUCCUUUCCAUUAAUAUUCUCAAAGAUUCGUGAGCUGUCAAUCAUGGAUUGUGGGGAUAUAGAAUCUCUUACUGUUGGAGAACAACAUGAACAUGAUUUACUCCUCUCGAGUAUGCGCAUCCAUUGGUGCCCUAAUUUUGCAUAUUUUCCACAAGGAGGAUUGCGUGCCCCCAACCUUAAACAUUUCUCAAUCUGGGAAUGUAGGAGUCUUCGGUCGCUACCCGACAAGAUGCACAUACUUCUUCCUUCUCUUGAGAAAUUGAAAAUAAUUAAUUGUCCACAAGUUGAGUCGUUUCCUGAAGGGGGCUUGCCUUCCAAUUUGAAUGAAAUUUCCGUCGAAAAUUGUGACAAACUCUUUGCGAACCGGAUGGGGUGGGGUUUGCAAAAUCUCUCGUGUGUUAGAAGCUUUUCAAUCAGUGACAAAUCUGAAGAUGUGGAGUCCUUUCCAGAUGAGGGGUUGCUGCCUACCAGUCUUACCUAUCUUAGCAUCCGUGGCUUCCCUAAUUUGAAAUCUUUGGAGAAGAAGGGGUUUCAAAACCUCACUGCUCUUAAAGAAUUAAUGAUUUGCUUAUGCCCUAAGCUCGAGUUCAUGCCAGAAGACGGGCUGCCUGCCUCCCUUUCUACUAUAAAAAUAAGCUUAUGUCCUUUGUUGACGAAAGAGUUGGAAAGGAAAGAAGCACCCGAAUGGCGCAAGAUUGCUCACGUGCCCAACAAACAUAUAUAUUAUUAGAUGAGCAAGACUCUCCACUUUCUUUCAUAUUAUCCACUUUUAUAGUCAGGUAUUUUAACCCAUCCAAAAUCAGAAAAGAAUUAAAAGCCCAAAAGAGUUCAAAUCAGUUGUGUUCGUUCUAAGUGGUGUUUUGUCUUUUAAUUGGGCAGCAAGUCAUCCCAAUGAAAUACAAACUCUACACAUUUUUCUGCAUCUUCUUCUCAACUGCGCGCUGUCAUUCUCUUCCAGUAGGCUUUGUUCAUUGUGCCGGAUCAAACUGGGUAAAUUAAGGGUAACAGGUUCUGCUAUCUUGAGUUCACUAGCAUGAGUUACUUUUAUAUUCUCCCCUGGCGCCAAAAAACUGGGUUAAGGGUAAUCAGGAGUGAAGUACAAUCUUUACUUGUGUGCUCAUGGCUUUGCUGCAGAUGGUCAACCGCUCCUGGGCAUUGUUUUCGUAUCUUCUUCUCAAUGGGUUCCAUUCUCGUCAUUAAUUAGUAUGACAUCUUCCAAUGGGCCUUGUUAAUUGUGCUGGUACAAACUGGGAUAAGAGUAGUUCAAUUGGGAUGUCUUUUUGCUUUGGUGCCAAACUUCUCUGUUGCAGCUGUUCCGAUUGUAUUUAUUGGGCAGUGUCUCUUUACUGAAGACAAUUUGUUUAGUCAGCAGGUAAUCUAGAAUGAAAUACAAACUCCACUUGUGUGCUCAUUGAUUCGGUUGCAGAUGGUCAACUGAGCCUACUCACUUCUUCUCAAUUGGUGCUCCCUCUUCAUUUGUGUCGGACUGGCUUAAGGGCAACUGAUGUUUGCUGACAUUUUGAAUUUAGAAAUCAAUUCAAUGAACAUUGCACAUGCUCAAUCCUGAUUCUUCCAUUUUGAGUUGUACAAUGUUUUUGAAGGUUGACUUAAUCGAAUUGGAGAUGGCUGCUUUGUUGAGAUAUUGGCGACACUUAAACCUUGUGAGUUUUUCUAAUAGGAGUAAGUUAAUUGAGUCACUUUUUUUGUGUUCUAACAUAUUGGAUUGCUAUGUGGAUGCUAUCCCCAACCCAUCAAAAGAGAGACUAGUUGAUGUUGUUCAGAGGCAUUUCAUGUCGCAGCAAAUGGACGAGUUGCAGGUCAUUUUGGGGUUUGUUCAGGCUGCAAAGAGAUUGAAGAUUGUGUGCAAAUGGCCUGGAGAGAAAUGGGGAGAUCUUUGAAUUUGAAUUUGGUUUGUUCAGAUAUAUGUAAGCUCGUGACCAGACCUCUAAAGAUGUCCCUUGUGGCUUUCUUUCCAAACUUGGUUGACUGUACUGCUGACUUGAGGAAACUUUUACCCACAUCCACCCCACUCAAUAUUCUUCUACUCGGUGGCAAAAGAAGAAAAAGAAGAUGGAAACAAUUCAGUUUUGGGUCUCAGAGCACAAGCUGACAAGCAUUGGAAUUGGGGCAUCACCAGCUUAUUCAUGUACAAGAUCUCCCCUGUAGCCAAGCCUUUGGCUUAUUCAUGCAAGCCACCUACCUCUACUACGAGAAGCGUACAACGGAGCAAGGAGAGAGAUCUUAGACAUAAUUUCCCACUCAACCUAUUGCAAGGCCCUUUAUUCUUGGAACUCCUCCUGGGCUGAAAUAAUGAUCUCAAGGAAAGAGUGUUGGCUUCUUACUCACUAGUACUGAGUCUCUUGAAGAGUUCAGAAUGUGUUUCAAUGCUCUCAUCAUGGGAUAAAGAGUUGCUCGGCAAUCUCCAGAAUCUCUCUCUGGUUACAUGGAAAGCAAAAUGAUGAAGACAAUGCUAAAUGUGAGAUUGAAUUAAAGACGGCACCGUAUUUGUUAUAGUAUCUGAGUGCUGGAUUGAGAACUUCUUGGAGCGAUGAUCCUUUCUAUGAUGUGCACAGGCAUGCUUCUCAAGAUUGCUUGCAAGAAAAUGAAGAGAUUGGUUCUUCAUAAUAACUUGACUGCCUUUCACUUGAGAUGUUAUUUUUAGAAGUUGCAAUGGAGAGAUUUCUCAGGACGUUGUUUCAAUUCCUAGACCGUUUCAAUUUUGAGUGUUCAAAGUGUCUUAAUGAGGUGCUUCAAGCUGUUUUCUAUUCUCAUCUACAUCUUGUGUCAUUUUUUGGGGACAUUGCAUUAUGCCGCCUUUGUGAUUUUUAUGGGCCGAUCUUGAUGAAAUUUUAGUAUGUUGUUCCUGACGACGAGUGCUACAAAUUGAUUGGUGUCGAUCAUUGGAAUUCCUCUCCAGUCGUUUGGUUGCUAAUACCUAUUUGGUAAGAUCUUUCUUUAUUCUUGUUGGAAUUCACUUUAAGGUGAUGAAUUUAUGUUUAAUUCAAGAAUGUAUGUAUUCUUGAUGUGGUGAUAACCUCUAGAUAUUUCUCUAGAAAAGACAAUUGUAAACUUAUUAUUGUUGAUAGUGAAAAAAUUAACUGGACUAGGUCCCGUGGUUUUUACCUUCACAUUGGAGGGUUUUCCACGUAAAAACC